AUGACGCAUGUCUAUCCUCUUUUGGUGGCUCAGUAUGGGGAAUGCAUGCGCCUCAUCGAGGAAUGCACCAAGGAAGGCGAGAAGCUGGAAAAGCUGGAGAAGCUGGCCGCUUUGAAAGUACCGGUCGCCAAGGCCGCCAAGGCCACGGCGACCACGGCGGCCAAGGCCUCCGUGCCGAAGGAGGCGCGGCCCACGGCCGCGAAGUCCCGUGCGCCGGGCAAGUCCGACAUCGAGCCGGCCGCGCCGCCCGCCAAGCGGCCCCGCCUAGCACAGGUCGCGAAGGCUGCUGAAACUGGCCAGGCUCCCGCGGCGAAAUGGGCCCCAAAGAAGAGGGCGACCGCAGUGAAGACCGGCGGCGCGCCGCCAGCUGAGGCACCCCCUCCGCCAGCACCGCCUGCUGUGGCAAAAGCGGCGAAGGAGAGCCAGGGGAGGCAAAAAAGCAGGUGCCAAGAAGCUCACAGCCGAAGAGCUCCGCGCCAACUUGGCAAGCUUUUGGCAACGAGGCGGCUCGAUUAG